CCCUUAAACGCCCCGUGUUACCAUAUGGUAACAGGCAACAUUCACACAUUGGGAUAUUUUUCUAAUUUUGUAGAAUUGCUGUGGUAACACUGUGAUCAUUCGUAAUGGAAGGGGGAGAUUGUAGAAACGAGUUCCAGUCACUAGGCGGCCAUUUUCUUUGUUCAGUGUUGAUCUAUGGACGUUUGAAAAUCAUCAUUGAGGUUAUGUCUGACAUGCACAGGCCACUGACACUGGCAGAAAUCAUCGAUGAGCUAGAGUCAGAUGAAUAUCAAGGAGACGCAGUCAGCAGCAUCUUCAUUGAGCCACCAGAUGCUGCUGGAUUAUCAGAUGAGGACUCUGCAAAUGAGGAUGAAGGCGGGCUUAUCGACAAUCUUAGCAGCAGACAGCUGGCAGCUAAUGCUGAGAUUGUAUUCACAAAUGAUGAGAGGGAUGGAUAUGAUGUGGACUCAUCUCGCAUGACCUCCGAUCCUGCCAAGGAUGACUCAGCAUCAUCAUCUACUAGUAAACGAAAGAAAACACAUAGUAGAAGAGAACCGAAUUCUCUUCCAUCUCGGGUGUGGACUAAAAACUCUGUUUUCUCUGUUCCUUUCGAUCAAACUUUUCCGGAAAGUGAUUUUUCAAAAUUCUCUGAUUUUUCUCCUGUAGAGAUUUUUGAACUUUUUUUUGAUGCAGAACUUUUCCAUAUUAUGUUUGAGGAAAUAAAAAAAUAUGCUGCAUUCAAGAAUAUUGCAGACCCAAAUAUCACCAUUGAUGAACUGAAGUGUUUUCUAGGGAUACUCACAAUUUCGGGUUACAACUCCUUACCAGGUGUGAGAUAUUAUUGGGAGUCAGCAGAGGAUACAAGGAACCAGCUUAUUUACAAUUCUAUGAGACGAAACCGAUUUAUUCAAAUAUUGAAUCUCCUCCAUUUUGCAGAUAACAAUAAAAUCAACCCAUCUGACAAACUAUGGAAGCUGAGACCCUUCAUUGAAAAGCUGCGUAGAGUCUUUAGAGACAAUUUUGUUCCUGUGCAACAACUAGCUUAUGAUGAAUCUAUGAUAGCAUAUUUUGGCCGGCAUUCCUGCAAACAAUUUAUUAGAGGAAAACCGAUACGGUUUGGAUACAAAGUGUGGUGCUUGAAUACUUUUAAUGGCUAUCUAGUGGACUUUGAAGUUUAUCAAGGCAAGUCUGUUCAUUCAGAUGAUGACUCAUAUGAUAAGGACUUUGCUAUCAAAAUAACUUUCAAGUUCCCCCUCCUCCAACAAAAGAAUUCUUAA